AUGGAUAGGACGUUAUACUACAGCGAACUCUUCCAAAUACUGAUCAGUGCCAUGAUGACCGUGUUGCCGUCGCUGCUAGCCGAAAUUUCUGCUGAUGAAGUUGAUAAGAUCAGAACCAUUCUAGCUAAUCAGUUAUUGACAAACCCAGGUAAGAGGAUAGAACAUAAUGUUGAUCUGAUGAUGCCGAUGGAUUGGAUGACAACUAUGACGACGAUAAAGACAUUAAUGAUGACGUCGACGAUUAUAAUGACGUUAAUGCUCAUUGCAGAAAAGGAGGUCCGUGAAGCGCUGCAAGACUCAUUGACGUACUUGCGCACGCGUCGAUUCCGUUGCGUGAUUUGGCGCUCCGUCGACAUCGACGCGUCCACUCCGUUCUCCUUUAUAUCGCUGCUCACCAGCUACGUCACCGUCAUGAUACAGUUCAUGAAGCCGCAGAUUUCGAAUACAUAG